AUGGGAAUCAUCAAGACUACCUCUGAAGCCGGAGCGUAUGAAUUCACAACGUUGACUUGCAUCGAAUACAAAGACGCGAAUAUCCAACUUCUCGAUUUGCCCGGUAUCACCGAAGGAGCUGCCCCAGGAAAAGUGCACAAAGCUGAAAUUCAAAUUCCAAAGUUGACGCUUGAAUUAGAAGCUGUUGGAAUCCGUUUGAAUCAGGGACCUCCAGACAUUUACUUCAAGCAGAAAAUGUUGGUGAAAAAAAUUAGCGAAACAGAAUCGGACUUUUCGGAAGAGUUGGAGCUCGAACUGACGGCGGAGGAGCUCGAGGAAGCAAAGCAGCACCUUUUGGAAAAGAAGAAAGAUCAAAAUGAGAAGAAGACGACUGGGGAUAUCGUCAUCGACUUGGAAUCGAAAUCGAAAAAGUAUCUUCCGCCAGAAGAGUUUGGAAUUGAACUUAUUAAUCCGGGUCUCUUGGCACGUUGCAUGAAACCGCCGGCAAACUCGUCUUCCUCAAGUUGCUGGGAGGGUUGA